AUGGCCGACGUCGAGCGCCCGGCGAAGCUGAUGAAGCGCGGGGCCUUCGUGCGCUUCCCCGGCGACUACGUCUUCGCGCUCGCCGACCAUCGAUUGUUAGCGAUUGAGGACGACCCCGGCGCGGGGCGGUCCAUCGCGAGCGACCUGAAGCACGUCAGCGUCAAGGGCGACGUCUUGAACAUCACGGGCUACGACGAAGAGGAAUUCCUGCGGCGCGGGCUCCCGUCGAUGGCCUGGGAUACGCAAGAGCUCGAGAAUAUAGGGAAGUCCUUCGAGCAUCUUUGUAGAACCGGGUCGACGGAGAAUUUACCGUGCUACGAGGCCAAAUUUAGGCGGAAGGACGGCCGGCCGUUUUGGUUGAGGUUUGACAGAUUGUCGCAGACGCCGAAGACGGGACGGCACAUGACCAUCAUGCACGACGUGACCACGGAAGUGGAAUUACGGGAGGCGCGGCAGGCGAGGGAGGCGGCCGAGAAGGCCUGCGCCGACCUCAGUCGCGAGGUCCAGGCAAAAUUGGUCCCGACCAUCGGUAUGCUGGAGCGGAUCAAGGAAAAGGCGCCGCUACUCUCAGACGACGUGGACGCGAUCUUGGAGGCGAACCGGACGGUGACGGGUUUCGCUCAAGAAAUGCUGAAAAAAGGGUCCGCCGACGCGGCGCGCCCCCCCUGA